UUAAGCUUUACCACUUCCUUUGUCUUGUUCCUUCUCUUUAUUAACAACUACUAUCCCAAGCCGCCAAACCUUCAUAGAGAGGGGGAAUUCUUGUUGCACACUCUGCUUUCUCUUGUUCAAUUCCAUUGCUCUAAUGGCUACUACUCCAAACUCAGUUCUUGAUGAUCUCAAAAAAUUGGAUUUGGCUAAAGAUUCAAAAAAUCCUUCAUCAGAUGCAGGUUUAGAGAAUAACAAAUCGCUGGUUGUUUGCUUUGGGGAAAUGCUGAUUGACUUUGUGCCAACUGUUGCCGGAGUUUCACUUGCUGAAGCACCUGCUUUCCAAAAAGCUCCCGGGGGCGCUCCUGCUAAUGUGGCUGUUGGUAUCACAAGACUCGGUGGUUCAGCAGCUUUUAUAGGCAAGGUAGGUGACGAUGAAUUUGGCAAGAUGUUGGCUAAUAUUCUAAAAGAAAACAAUGUUGACACCUCUGGCGUGCGAUUUGACCACAAUGCAAGAACUGCAUUGGCAUUUGUAACACUCAGAGCUGAUGGUGAGCGCGAAUUCUUAUUUUUCCGUAAUCCAAGUGCUGAUAUGCUUUUACAUGAAUCAGAACUUGAGAUAAGUCUUCUUCAACAGGCAAAAAUUUUCCAUUAUGGUUCAAUUAGUUUGAUUGAUGAACCAUGCAGGUCAACCCAUCUAGCUGCGAUGAGCAUAGCCAAGAAGUCUGGUUGCAUCCUUUCUUAUGAUCCAAAUUUGCGAUUGGCAUUGUGGCCAUCAGCAGAGUUUGCACGGGAAGAAAUAAUGAGCAUAUGGGAUCAAGCAGAUAUUAUCAAGAUAAGCGAGGAUGAAAUAACUUUCCUGACUGGUGGUGAUGAUCCUUAUGAUGAUAAUGUGGUGUUGACAAAGCUUUUUCAUCCUAAUCUUAAGCUUUUGAUAGUAACUGAAGGAUCAGAGGGUUGCAGAUAUUACACUCAAAAUUUCAGGGGUCGUGUUGCUGGUAUUAAAGUAAAAGCCGUAGAUACAACUGGUGCUGGUGAUGCAUUUGUCGGUGGGAUACUCUGCAACAUAGCUUCUGACUUGAGUCUUUUUCAGGAUGAGAAGGGGUUACGAGAAGCUCUACUCUUCGCGAAUGCCUGUGGCGCAAUCACAGUAACAGAACGAGGAGCCAUUCCUGCAAUGCCGACAAAAGAAGCUGUCCUCCGGUUUUUAGCUCAGGUCACUGAUCAAAAGUAGAGACCACACGCCACUAUUCCUAACUCAUGUAUCAAGCUAAAGCUUGUAUAAUUUGAUUUUCCCUGUUGAGGUAUCAUCGAGCUUUCCGCUCCACGAAUCCUCCCCCUAUAAGUUUUCAAUCUCCCUUCCAAUGUACAAUGGUGGAUAUACACACCGCCAAUAAUUGUCUAGUCACCUUUGUGAAUGAUUUUUUUUUUUUUUGGUGAUGCAAUUUAAUCCA